AAACUUCUAUUAGAGGAUGCUUCAACCUGAGGUUUAGGUACUCAGAAGCUUGUUUUGAGGAUUUAGAGGCUGUCAUCGAGUUUGUGUGUCUCACUGAUGAUGAGCUGGUUAGGGACCAAGGGUAGUUAAAGUUUAUCUAAAUCCCAAGGCAGUGAAGGUCUCGAUUCAGGGAGUGUUCAAUAGCUGAUGGUGGCAUCAUCUAGCAUACCAUGUAUUCUUCUUUGUUGCCCUAGGCCGAGCGCAUUUGUUGAUGUAUGGAGGGUCAAAUUUUACACUAGGUUUUAAAUUUGUCAUAUGUCAUAGAAUCACCUCUGUCAAUACUCAGGUUUAGUGGUGAUGCAAUGAUCCUAUUUCAAGCAUUUCUAAGACGGCAUCACAAAUUCAAUUUUCAAGCAAUAUUUCCUAUUUCAAGCAUUUUUUACAAAUGCAAAGUGGUUGCAGAAAAUCAUUCAUUGGCAUAAGGCUUGAGAACUGUCAAGGGUAAUUCUGAUAAAUUGACCAUAUACGGCAAAGAUGUGUGUGACCUGGUCAACCUUAUAGGAAAUACUUGAAAUUGUCACAUCAUUAACCAAAUCCACAUUGCUUAAAUGAAGAGCUUAUAUAUACAUGAUGCUGCCAUUGCCACUUGAAAACUCACUCAUAUGCCAAUUUAAUUCAUUUUGAUCAACCAGUCCAAGUAAGGAAAGAAUGGCUUCAUUUUCAGUAGAAGAAUUCAUAGGAAAUGGAGUUUUGAAGGCGUUGCUCCCAAAGUUGUUGGAGGAAGGUUGGGAUGAUGUGCCAACCCUGAAGGUUAUGGACUCAGAGGAUAUGAAUUCAAUAAACAUGACACAACAGCAGAAGGAUGCACUUGGAAUUAGGUCAUACCUACAUGAUCAUGGAUUGAUGCAAUAUGCAGAUAAGCUAGAGGCCUCUGGUAGAACUCUGCCAGAGCUUCUACGUUUAAACAGCAUGGAUCUUUCUUCUCAAUUCGCCAUGAAAAGAGGCCAUGUAGUCCGUUUCAUAGACAGAACAAAAUGUGAUGACAAUGAUUCCUUUAAACUACGCGCAAUCAUGGCUAGGAAAAGGUCCAGCAUAGUGAUCAGACACAAUAAUAGCAUCCCAAAGAGUGUUGCAACUUCUGAUAAAUCGCUUGAACAAUCACUUGCUGAUCUAAAGAUUAAAGAUGGACAUGUUUUUAAAGGGAUUGUGGCAGCUGAGCCGGCAGAAGCUAGAGCAUGUGGGUGUGUGCAACCUCCUCCAGUGAGUGACCAAAUUGCUCCCUAUGCUGCUAUUGAAAAUAUAUCAGUUCAGAAACUGACACCAGAGUAUAAGAUUGGGAUUGAUCCAUUGGUGAAAAUGAAGACACCUCCAAUGAAAGCUUCAGAACUUUGGCGAGAUAAACCAGCUGUUUUCCUCUGUCUCCGGAGACCAGGGUGCAUCAUGUGCAGAGCAGAGGCAUACAAGCUUUAUUCCAGGAAACCCAUAUUUGAUGCACUUGGGGUUCAACUCUUUGCAGUUCUCCAUGAGCACAUAGAGUCAGAGGUUAAAGAUUUCUGGCCUAGAUACUGGGGUGGUGCUAUACUUUUCGACCGGGGCAGGAACUUCUUCCAAGCUCUUGGAGGGGGGAAAUUGCUCAAGGAAAAGUUUUUCUCAGGGUUUCUGCUAAACCCUCGAGCAAUCGCCAAUUACAAGCGUGCAAAAGCUUCAGGGUUUCAGCAAAACUUCAAAGGGGAAGGUGAAGUGAAGGGUGGACUCUUCAUCCUUGGGAGUGGAAGGAGUGGCAUUGCUUACCAGUUUAUAGAGAGGAAUUUUGGUGAUUGGGCACCUCUUGCUGAAGUCAUUGAGAUCUGUACCCAAUUGCAGAAACAACAGCAAGGUCAAAGACAAUUGGAGCAGCCUUGAAAGGAAACACUGAUUGCAUGUACUGCACAUGUAUUCACUGAAAUUCAGUUCCUUGAAAUGAUUCUAUCUAAACAAUGAAGAAUUUUGCUUGUGCUAUAGAAGUCAGAAGUUGCUUAUGCAGCUUAAAUGGAUCAACACUACUUUUAAUUCCAAUAUAAAUCGCUCCAGACUCCAGUGAUGUAAUAUUUCCUAGUAUUUUACCUUCAGCAAUCUUAUAUUUUGUAAGGAAUGAAGUAUAUAUCUACUGAUAAUGGUGCACUGCCCUAGUUUGUAUUCAAGAUUAGCUUACACAGAAAUGUUCAAACUUAAAUUAAAACUUCUAAAUAUGUAAAUUUGGAAUUUGCUUU